CUUGCUAGCCUAAGUUUAUAAUUUUUCUACUAUGUCUGCAAAAUCACCCGUAAUUGGAACUCCGGCGGCCGGAGUAUGGACGACCGGAUUAUGUGGUUGUUUUGAAGAUGCAUCGAACUGUUGUGUCACUUGUUGCUGUCCUUGUGUCACCUUUGGAAGAAAUGUUGAGAUAAUUGAUCAAGGAACCACUUCUUGUGCUCAUGCUGGUGUAAUCUACUAUUGUUUGGCUCAUGUUGGUUGGGCUUGUAUCUACACAUGCACAUAUCGUACAAAAUUGAGAGCUUUCUUUAGCUUGCCAGAAGACCCUUGUGGAGAUUGCCUUGUCCAUUGCUGCUGUCUUCCUUGUGCUGUUUGCCAAGAAUACAGAGAACUCAAAAACCGCGGUUUUGACCCCUCCCUAGGAUGGAUGGCUAACGCUCAGAGAUGUAGUCAAGCUGGAGUUAGUGUGCCUCCCCAUAUUGCACCAGGAAUGACUCGUUAAAAGAGGCUUCAAAACACCUCAUGUGUUCUACUUUCUUAUUGAUUCUCUUGUUUUGUUUUGUUAUUAAUCUUAGCAUGUAUCAAGUGAGAAAUGUUUUCUUUUGUUUCCUUAUGAAUAGUUGUGAACUUACCUUGUAGCUCUUAAAUUUGUUUUCUGCUAUGAAUAAAGUUUUCUCUUCUUCUUUCUCAAA